AUGAAUGGUUGGGUUGAAGGGGUGGUCGAAGUGCUUAAUUGUCUGGGCAAAGUGGUGGUUUGUCUGGUCGAAGGGGUGGUCGAAGUGGUGGAUUGUCUGGUCGAAAUGGUGGAUUAUCUGGUUGAAAUGGUGGAUUGUCUGGUCAAAGUGGUGGUUUGUCUGGUCAAAGAGGUGGUUUGUCUGGUCGAAGUGGUG